AUGGCGCAAGGCUGGGCGGGCUUCUCCGAGGAGGAGCUGAGGAGGCUGAAGCAGAACAAAGAUCCAUUUGAACCACAACGCAGUCUCCCUGGGAAGAAAACUCGACAACAACUUCAGCGAGAAAAAGCCCUUCUAGAGCAAAGCCAGAAACUUGGACUUGAAGAUGGACCAGGCUCAUUACCUCUGGAGCAGCUACUUUCUGCUCCAAAACAGAGACUUAACACUCAAGAACCACAUUCUCCCUCCCCUACUCUUCCUAGUCCUCUUACAGUCCCCUCUCCUGCUGGUGAUGGAAAACCACAGGGUAUUAAAAGUCAGGGAAGGGAACCAGGACUUGAGAAUUCCCAUGGUGGUCACAAGAAAGUUGAGCUCCUACCUCCAAAGCCAGAUUGCAAAUUGGAGAAAAAGAAAGUGGAAUUGCAAGAAAAAUCUCGUUGGGAAGUCCUCCAACAGGAACAGCGACUAAUGGAAGAAAAAAAUAAACGUAAGAAAGCUCUUUUGGCUAAAGCAAUUGCAGAAAGAUCUAAAAGAACUCAGGCAGAGACCAUGAAAUUAAAGCAGAUCCAGAAGGAAUUGCAGGCUUUAGAUGACAUGAUAUCUGCUGACAUUGGAAUCCUCAGGAACCGGAUCCAUCAGGCCAACCUGGACUAUUCAUAUGCACAGAAGCGAUUUGACAGGGCCGAAGCUGAGUACAUUACAGCAAAGCUAGAUCUGCAGCGAAAGACUGAGAUAAAGAAGCAACUCACUGAGCACCUUUGCACAAUCAUACAGCAGAAUGAGCUUUGGAAAGCCAAGAAGUUGGAGGAGCUGAUGAAGCAGCUGGAUAUGCAAGCUGAUGAGGAGACCUUGGAACUCGAGGUAGAGGUGGAAAGACUGCUUCGUGAACAGGAAGCAGAAGCAGGGAAGCAUGAGGCCCUUGGAGAGAGGCCAUGUCAGUCUGCUGAGGAGAGUGCCAAAGAGGACAAAAAGCCACAGGAGCAGUCUUCUUCCCUGGAGGUAGACAAACAGUGUGGAAGUUCUAGCAGCUUCCCCCAUGUGAGUCCAGACUGCCCAAACCAAGGGAUUAAUGAUGUGCCAGCUGCUCUGGCCAUAUGA